UAUAAUUAUUGGUUUUGAUUACGUAUGUAUGUAUUCCAACACUUGAAUUCAAAGAAAUGAACCGAACGAAUUGCACCAAUGGCCCCUCCCAUCAAUCCAUCUCCAUUGAAUCUGUUAAAAUAUCAAUCCAAAAUCUCAUCAAAAGCUGGUACAAAAGGCAGAGAUGGCAACACUUUUUCAACCCAAGAUCAGAACAAGAGCUAUCAUCAUCAAGCAAAGCAACAUGGAGAAAUCACUUGGCCAAAUUCCUAGAAUCGACCCAACUUCGGAUAAUUGCAUUAUCAUUGCUUCUUUUAGACCUAAUCCUCACCAUUCUUGAACUAUCCUCAACUUUACUCUCCUGUAAUAUUAACAUAGAAAAAGCUUGGUACCAUUGGGUAGGAAUUUCGAUCCUGGCAUUGCUUUCUGCUAAGUCAGUGGCUUUAGCAGUGGGGCUAGGGGGUGCCUUCUUCAGACGGCCAGGCUAUGUCGUUGAUGGCGUAGUUGUCAUUGGGGCAUUGCUUUUCGAAGCAUUUUUGGAGAGGAAAGGAGGAGGAUUGCUUGUAAUUGUGAGUUUGUGGAGGGUUGUGAGGGUGGUGGAAAGUGGUCUCGAGUUGAGUGAUGAGGCCAUUGAAGCACAGAUUGAAGGGAUAGUUUGCCAGUUUGAGGCACUCCGAGGAGAGAAUUCAAGGCUUUCGGAGACCAUUGCUCGAAAGGAUCAGAUAAUUGAGACGCUCGAAAAAGAACUUGAUCAAUAUAGGCAUGCUUGCGAUCUGAUCCCAAUAAUGACCUGAAACAAUAGAAUAGUUUCUAAGUGAUGAAAAUCUGUUCUUUU